CGGGCAUACGUGCGCGUGCGUCGGUCCGUGUUGAGCCGCGCGGCUGAUAAAGCUCGCAAUUUUAGUUGUCAGUUGAGAGCGUGCCGUCGAGAGCAUCGCUCGCUUUACCGACCUUACCGUCGCCGUACCGAGCGCGGCUAUCGUCCAUCCGGUCACCCACGGGACCAUCAGACACGAUACCCGGCAGCGAAUCCUGUGGCAUGGGUGAUGGUGCCAAGAUGAGUUAUUGGCGGUUGCUAGCGGCGGCGGCGCUGCUGGCCAGCGUGGCGGGAGACCCUCGCACGCCGCGCGGCACCACGCGGCCGCGCCACUGGCAGCGAGGACAACGCAUGCUCGACGAUCGAGCGCCCAGCCAGUUUGUCGGUUCACACGUCUGCCGGAGCCGUAACAGCACGCAUUGCUGUCCCGGGUGGACAUCCAGACCUAAUUCAUUGCUGUGUAUCGUCCCACUAUGCCGACCAGACUGCGGCUCGCCAGGAGCUUGUAUAGCUCCGAACAUCUGUCGAUGUCCAGGAGGAGUCGAGGCGCCUUCCUGUGGGAAUGGCGGUUUAUACCCUUAUCCAGUGAGGACACAAGGUGGUUGUCGACGCAUCUGCAUGAACGGAGGCACGUGUACGAACGGCACAUGCGCCUGUGCCCCCGGCUGGAGCGGGGAGUUCUGCACAGAACCGAUAUGUAAGGAGCCAUGUCUGCACGGCGGCCGCUGUAUUGCGCCGGACAGAUGCGUGUGUUUCCACGGUCUCUCCGGUCCGAGAUGCGAGAUCGAUAGGAGAACAGGUCCGUGCUACACGGAGACGCGCGGCGCGCUGUGCACGGGCGCGCUGGAGGGCGUGGUGUGCACGAGGCAGCUCUGCUGUGCCACGGUCGGCCGCGCCUGGGGACACCCCUGCGAGAGGUGCUCCGACCUCGACUGUCCAGUGGGACACCUGCGGAACCUCGCCACCAAAGAGUGCCAGGACAUAGAUGAGUGCGCAGCUGUGCCGGGCUUGUGUUCAGGGGGUCGUUGCAUCAACUCCAUAGGGUCAUUCUCAUGCGAAUGUCCGCCAGGACAGCGCCGGCAUCCCCUCUCCAACAACUGCGAAGACAUCGACGAGUGCGAGGAUCCCGAUAUUUGUCCUAAUGGCAAAUGUGUGAACACGGAAGGAGAUUACUACUGUCUUUGCAACCCCCACUUCAUUCCCAGUCCUGACAAGAAAUUCUGUAUUGACGGGCGAGUGGGCAGUUGCUACGCGUACCUGAGCGAGACGGGCGAGUGCGCGGACCGGCUGCCCGUGGCGCUGUCUAACCGCGACUGCUGCUGCGGGUACAACAUGGGCCGCGCCUGGGGCGACCUCUGCACGCCGUGCCCGCCGCGCGGCGCCACUGAAUGGACGCAUCUGUGUGGUGGUGGUGCUAUCCCUCCGAACUGGAGGAGGAACGUGACAGGAGGAGGAGGUGGAGGUGGUGGCAUUGGUGGGGGAGGACAGGGUGGGGAAGGGGGAGGCUCAUCUGGAGGCGGAGAAGAUGGUGACGGCGGAGGAGGAACAUUCGCGCCUCCAUCCAUCGCGAAGAUCAACGAGUGCAUGCUAAGAAACGGUAUCUGCGGAUUGGGAAAUUGUAUUGAUAAGGAUGUCGGGUACACCUGCGAGUGCUGGGCCGGCGCGGAGGUGGCAGAGAUCGACGGGAACCGCGUCUGCAUCGACAUCGACGAGUGCGCCCUCGAGUACUGCAAGGGGGGGACGUGCAUCAACCGACCGGGGGACUUCGAGUGCAGGUGUCCGCCGGGCUUCGACCCCGUUGAAAACGGUUUGAGAUGCAGCGACAAGAACGAAUGCGAGAUGACCAACGGAGGAAUGUGCACCAACGGAAUCUGCAAGAAUAUAGAUGGAGGGUUUGAGUGCAUCUGCAAGCCCGGGUACGAGUCGGGCUCGGAGGGCGCGCUGUGCCGCGACGUGGACGAGUGCCGCGACAACCCGCGCGUGUGCCGCCGCGGCCGCUGUCGCAACACGGCCGGCUCCUACACGUGCCUGUGCGAGCCCGGCUUCGCCCCCACGGCGGCCGGCUACUGCGCCGACGUGGACGAGUGCGCCGCCGAUUCCAUGUGCAAGGGCGGGCGCUGCGUGAACAGCGAGGGCUCGUUCCAAUGCGUGUGCGAGGCGGGGUACCGGCCCACUGCCACGCGCGGCGCCUGCGUGGACGUGGACGAGUGCGAGGAGCAGCGCGUCUGCCGCAACGGCCGCUGCCACAACACGCCCGGCUCCUUCCGCUGCGAGUGCCUGCCCGGCUUCACGCUCAGCAACGACGGCAGGACGUGUCUAGACGAGGUUCAAGACUUAUGUUACGAGAAAUACGAAGAGGGCCACUGCACGGGGCCGGGACAGAACGCGGUCACCAGGUCGCAGUGCUGCUGCAGCGCCACUAAAGGUCUAAAGCUAGGCUGGGGCGUGUCGUGCCAGGCGUGCCCGGCGCAGGGCAGCGAGCUGUACGCGGUGCUGUGCCCCGAGGGACCCAGCAAGGACAACGGCGGCGCCGACAUCAACGAGUGCACCGCGGUGCCCGGCGCUUGCCCGCACGGCUCCUGCGAGAACCUGGAGCCCGGCUACCGAUGCAUCUGCGACCCCGGCUACCAUCCAGACGCGGACGGACUGUGCCGGGACAUCGACGAGUGCGAUAUGCACCAAUCCUACUGCGCGGGCGGCCAGUGCCGCAACACGGCGGGCAGCUUCACGUGCGUGUGUCCCGAGGGCACGCGCCACGAGCCCGAGCUGCAGCUGUGUCGGGACAUCGACGAGUGCGAGGAGCUGGCGAGUCCGUGCGACAACGGGCGCUGCAUCAACACGCACGGCGGCUUCGAGUGCGAGUGCGAGCUGGGCUACGUGCUGGACGCCACCGCGCAGCGCUGUCUGGACAACCGGCGCGGCUCGUGCUGGCGCCGCGUGGUGGACGGACAGUGCGAGGCCGCCGCGCCAGAGCUACUCCUGCGCCAGGAGUGCUGCUGCAGCGUGGGGCUGGCCUGGGGCUCGCCCUGUGCGCCGUGCGAUCCCGACCACUGCCCCUGCCCCAAGGGAUUCGCCAAGCUGGACGGCGCGACGUGCCGCGACGUGGACGAGUGCGCGCUGAGUGCGGAGCUGUGCGCGGGCGGCACGUGCGUCAACACGGACGGCUCCUACCGCUGCGACUGCCCGCCCGGACUCACGCUGGACUCUACCGGUAACCGCUGCGUGGACCGGCGGCGCGAGUCCUGCUACACGGAGAUGACGGGCGGGCGCUGCUCGGGCCCUCUACCCACCGACGUGCUGCGGGCCGUGUGCUGCUGUUCAGCCCUGGGCAAGGCCUGGGGGAACCAGCGCUGCGAGCCCUGCCCUAAGAAAGGAACGGAUGCCUAUCAAAACCUGUGCAUAGCAGUGGGCACUCUGCUACCGCCGAACCAGUGGGACAGACCGAUCGACGGCAACAUGACCGACAUCUGGUCACAGGUCGGAGGAGACGAGAACGGGGACGGGUAUGGGAAACAGUGGGGUGAAAAUGGUAGCGACGGAGGUUGGGAUACCUGGGGGAACGGAACCGUUGGAGGAAACGGACCGGGACUGAUCCCCGGACAGAUGGAAGUUAACGAGUGUGCAGCUUUCCCUGGACUCUGCGGCCAUGGACGCUGUAGAAACCUGCUUGGCGGGUUCACUUGUGAUUGUUUCCCUGGAUACGAAAAGGAUUCAAAGAACCACACGUGCGUGGACGUGAACGAGUGUGAGAUCGUGGACGGCGUGUGUGGUGAUGGCGACUGUCACAACACUGAAGGCAGCUUCACCUGCCACUGCCGACCUGGUUACAAGGCGGACGACUUCUCUAAGAUAUGUGUCGACAUAGACGAGUGCGCGAACAACGACGCGUUGUGUCGCGGCGGCCGCUGCGUCAACACGGCGGGCUCGUUCCGCUGCGAGUGCGGCCACGGCAUGGAGCUGGCGCCCGACAGACUCUCCUGCAAGGAUAUCGACGAGUGCUCCAUCACCUCAGGUAUCUGCAGCAACGGCGCGUGCGAGAACCAGAUGGGCACGUACCAGUGCGUGUGCGACGAGGGCUACGCGCAGUCCACCGUGAAGUCGCACUGCGACGACAUCGACGAGUGCGCAGAGGACGCCGCGCGCUGCCAGCACUCCUGCGUCAACACGCCCGGCUCCUACCACUGCACGUGCCGCGAGGGCUGGCACCUGCGCGCGGACGGUCGCUCGUGCCGCGACAUCGACGAGUGCGCGGGCGGUGCGCGGCCCUGCGGUGGCGGACAGUGCCGCAACACGGUCGGCUCCUACACCUGCACCUGCACGGACGGGCUGGUGCCGUCGGCUGCCGGCGCCAAGCCCACCUGCCAGGACAUCGACGAGUGCGCAGACAUACCGGAGCUGUGCGGUGCGGGGUCGUGCCACAACACGAUCGGCUCGUUCGUGUGCCAGUGUCCGGAUGGGUACAGCGUGAAGCCGGAGCAGGGACCCGCUUGCACUGACGACGACGAGUGUGAGCUGGGCACCUGCGACUGCCACCCCGCCGCCGACUGCAUCAACCUACCGGGCUCGUUCCAGUGCCGGUGUCGGGACGGGUGGCGCGGGGACGGCGCCACGUGCGAGGACGUCGACGAGUGCCUCACCAACAACGGCGGCUGCCACCCGCGGGCCACCUGCGCCAACACGGACGGCUCCUUCCGCUGCCUCUGCGACACCGGCUACAAGGGAGACGGGUACUCGUGCGUGGACAUCGACGAGUGCGCCAACGACCCCACGCUGUGCGAGAACGGGCACUGCAGCAACACGCCGGGCGGCUACGAGUGCGACUGCGACGUGGGCUUCACGCGCGCCGCCGACGGACGCUCAUGUCUGGACAUGGACGAGUGCGCCACGUUCGACAACGUGUGCGUGUUCGGACGCUGCGUGAACACGUACGGCAUGUUCAAAUGUAUCUGCGACAAGGGGUACCAAUCGGACAGCGUCGACGAUCUGAUGCCCGGCUUCAACUGCACGGACGUGGACGAGUGCAAGUCGCCGCAGUCGUGCCAGUACGGGCAGUGCAUCAACACGCAGGGCUCCUACACGUGCCGCUGUCCGCCCAACUACGAGCUGGUCUCCGACGGCACGGCCUGCUACGAUUCCCGUAAGGCCCGUUGCUACGGUAAAGUGGAUCUGCGCUCCGGGACGGAGACAUGCCGGGACAGCGAUGAGCUCUCCGAGGACGGAACCAUGGCCGCCUGUUGCUGUUCCGUCGGAGCGGCGUGGGGCAACUACUGCGACCCGUGUCCGGAGCCGGGCUCCGAGGCCUACCGCCAGCUGUGUCCAGGGGGACCGGGGUACCAGCCGGUACUAGAACCGCCGUCGUACGUGGUGACGCUGGCCGACAUCGACGAGUGCGCCGCGCACGAGGGCCUGUGCGCGCACGGCACGUGCACCAACACGUUCGGCUCGUUCGUGUGCACGUGCGGCGCGGGCUGGAGUCUGGCGCCCGACGAGCUGAGCUGCGAGGACGACGACGAGUGCGAGCGACCCGACGUGUGCGGGCCCGGGGUCUGCCGCAACCUGCCCGGCUCCUACGUGUGUCUGUGCCCAGAGGGAUACGUCGCCAUGCCCAACGGAAAGGAAUGCGUGGACGUGAGACAACGACAAUGCUACAUGGAGUGGAACGAGGAGGACCAGAGCUGUGCGGGGGCGGUGGGGGUCCCGCAGACCAAGUACUUGUGCUGCUGCUCUGUGGGGCACGCCUGGGGAGCGCCGUGCGAGGCGUGUCCCCCGCGGGGGUCCCCGGCACACACGGCCCUGUGCGGCGAGAAGCCAGGGGAGUAUAUCAACCCUGUCACCAAUGAGACCAAGCCCAUCGACGAGUGCGACAUCAUGCCGCAGCUCUGCAAGCCUGGUACCUGCCACGAUACGCCCACUGGGUUCCAGUGCGGAUGUGAUCAUGGGUACGAGCACGACAACACAUCGCACCUGUGCCGGGACGUGGACGAGUGCUCGUGGGGCAGGCCGCCCUGCCGCGGCAUGGCGCAGUGCGUGAACCUGCCGGGCGCCUUCGAGUGCCGCUGCCCGCCCGGGUACCGCCUCACGCCCUCCCUGGACGAGUGCGAGGACGUGGACGAGUGUGGCGACCAACGCAUCUGCGACCACGGGGACUGCAGGAACACUAUCGGCUCUUACAGAUGCGAAUGUAAGCCCGGGUACACUCUCCGGGAGAACGUGUGUCGCGACGUGGACGAGUGCUCGCGGCCGCGGCCCGUCUGCAGGAACGGUACGUGCGAGAACCUGCCAGGCGCGUACCUGUGCCACUGCGACGACGGCUUUAAGGCGGGACCCAACAACGACUGUGUCGAUGUGAACGAGUGUCGUGAAGGCGGCAUGGUCUGCCGCAACGGUCGCUGCCGGAACACGGUGGGCUCGUUCCGCUGCGAGUGUGCGCCCGGGUACACACUCACGGCCGACGGACGCAACUGCCGCGAUGUAGACGAGUGCGACGAACUGCCGCACCCCUGCGGGAGGGACGGGAAUCCCUCUUGCACUAACACUAAUGGAGGAUACGAAUGUUCAUGUGGCGCGGGCUGGAAGUUAGUAGGGCGGCGAUGUGUGGACCGCGACGAAUGUAAGGAGCUGCCCUACGUGUGCGCCGGAGGAGAGUGCCGAAACUUUAAUGGAGGAUACGUUUGCGAGUGUCCGGCGGGCUGGCGGUUCGACAAGACGGCGGCCGUGUGCGUGGACGAGCGCAAGGAGCUCUGCUACGACGAGUGGGAGGCCGGCCGCUGCCACCGCGCGCGCCCCCUGCAGCUCGCGAGACCGGAGUGCUGCUGCUCUGAGGGUGCUGCUUGGGGCCGUUACUGUGAGCGCUGUCCGGCGCCGGACUCCGCUGAGUUCAUGAGGAUCUGUCAAGGUGGAAUGGGAAGACCCAAUCUUACACAGGAUCUAGACGAGUGUCGCGUCCGCCCCGACGUGUGCGUGGGCGGGCGGUGCGUCAACACGGACGGUUCGUUCCGCUGCGAGUGUCCGGACGGCUACGUGCUCGCCCCGGACGGGCUGUCCUGUGUGGACGCGGACGAGUGUGCCCUAGACCCCAGGAUCUGCGGCAACGGGACCUGCUCCAACACGCGCGGAGGCUACGAGUGUCAGUGCAGCCCUGGCUUCACGCAGGGACCGGAUCAGACGUGCGUGGACGUGGACGAGUGCGCGGAGGGGCGCGCGUCGUGCACGUUCCGGUGCCACAACACGGCCGGCUCGUUCCGCUGCACGUGCCCGUACGGGUACGCCGUGGCGGCGGACGGCGUGCACUGCCGCGACAUCGACGAGUGCGCGCAGGAGCCGCGCGUGUGUCCGCACGCCUGCGAGAACGUCGUCGGCUCCUACAUCUGCAAGUGUCCGGAAGGAUAUCGUCGUACCUCGGCCCCGCAGGACUCUGAGAAUGCCUGCGAGGAUAUCAACGAGUGCGAAGAACAAGAAGACCUAUGUUCGGGAGGAGUCUGCAUCAAUACAGACGGGAGCUUCCUCUGUGACUGCGACGCCGGGUUCGAACCCAGCGAAGAUGGAACCGACUGUAUUGACCGUCGCACGGGCACGUGCUACCGCUCGCUGGUGUCGGGGCGCUGCGAGCCGGAACCCUGGCCGCGCGCCGCCCCCGCCACGUCCGCCGCGCCCGCCGCCUCCCCCGGCCCCCCCGCGCCCGGACACGUCACCAAGGCUCAGUGCUGCUGUACCUUGGGAGCGGCGUGGGGAUCAGAAUGCGAACUGUGUCCUGCACCCGGCUCCCCGGCGAGACUCGAUCUGUGUACCGCGGUGAACUUGACCCCCGGGGGACAAGGAGGCCACGGAGGAGGCGGGGGCUCCGGAGGGUCGCAUGGGGGCUCGGGCGGGUCGUUAGAUGUGUUCGCUGAUGUUGACGAGUGUGCCGCAAUCCCAGGGCUGUGUGCACCCGGACGGUGUGUCAACACUAUUGGAAGUUUCCGUUGCGUGUGCGGGCCCGGGUACCGUCCGGCGGGUGAGGUGUGCGCGGACGUGGACGAGUGCGCGGUCCGGCCGCCGCCGUGCGACCAGCUGUGCCACAACACGGACGGCUCGUACGACUGUCUCUGUCGCACCGGCUACGAGCUGGACGAGGACGGCGCCAACUGCCGCGACGUGGACGAGUGCGAGCGAGACACACAUACGUGCCAGCAGAUCUGCUCCAACACCGAGGGCUCCUAUGAGUGCUCGUGCGAGGACGGGUAUGAGAAGAGGGGUGAUGCGUGUGUCGAUAUAAACGAGUGUCACGAGGAGGGCGUGUGUCCGUCCCCGGGGCGGUGCGUGAACCUGCUGGGCUCGUUCCGCUGCGUGUGUCCGCGCGGCUACCGGCUGGACGCGGAGGGCGCGCGGUGCGUGGACCGCGACGAGUGCGCGCAGACGGGCCGCUGCCAGGCGCCCUGCCGGAACUACGCCGGCGGCUACCGCUGUGACUGCCCCGUCGGCACGGUGCGGUCGCCGGGCGGGGCCUGCGUGCCGGCGGACCCGUGUUCGAACGCGGAGUGCGGCGCGUCUCCUUGCUUCCCGGUGGGAGGGGUCUACCGCUGCGGCUGUCCCCCAGGGUACGGCUGGGAUGCCUCUCAUGCUGUCUGCCUACAGCUGGGCGGCGGCUGCGCCACAGCGAACUGUCUGUUCGGAUGCCGGUCGCUCGGGUCCUCGUUCGAGUGCGGCUGUCCGGGCGGGUACGCGCUGGUGGCCGGCCACUGUCUGGCGGGCGCGGACGGCUCGCUGUCCCCGGACGACAUCGGGGACGCGCCCGUGUUCCCGCUGCACGACCAGUACAAGCUGGGCGGCCAGCAGGACCUCAUCUCCACCGAAGGCUGCUUCAGUUGUAAGGUGAACGGCCGACACCGGAGAACACCGGACGAAGCCGUCAUCUACGCGAACGGAACGACGCUCAUGAGGAAACGGAAACGGCGCAGUCGAAGUCGCAGGUCAGUCUUGGAGCCGGAAGCGGAGCUGGUGGUGGUUCGGUCGCGGCCGGAGCGCACGUGGGCCCGCGCCCCCCUGCUGCGCCUCACCCCCGCCGCGCCCCGCCCCCGCCCCCACUACCGCAUCGCGUACGGCGACCCGGACCGCCUGUUCACGCUGUCCAAGCGGGACGGCGCCUGGGCGCUGCGGCUCCGCAAGCAGCUGCCCCGGGACGCCGCGUUGCGCGCGCAGCUGGAGAUCGAGGCCCGCUUCGUGUCCCCUCGCCGCAUGAGGCGUGACGUCACGUCCUCGCAGCCGCCGGUCAGACUGUACGUGUCCGUUGACAUUUCACCAGACCACAAGCACUGAUCGUUGUCGACGUCAGCGAACGGCGGACCUCCGGCUACUGUUCGCGCCGACCUUAACUGUUGUGAUGAUUGGAACCGGUGACUCCUGCUGGUACAUCCAGGACACUGCCACGGUCACCGUAUUGUGAACGAUACACUGCCUUGUCGAAUAUUGAAAAAAAAAAAUGAAUGGAAAGAGAAUAGGGGUAUUAUAUUAUUAAAUUUUAUAAUGAAAUUUUAAAGUUGGCAUAACUGUGUCGAGAAUACAUUUUUAUACUUUUGUAUAUUGUCAAAAUUAAAAAAAAAACUUCACCAUUCAUUAUUCAUCAUGUUCAAAUAUGUUUGCAAACUAAAUUGAUUAAUACACAAUCUGAAUGACACGACAUUUUAUAC